CACUGAGGGGGGCUCAGGGUGAUCACUGGAGGUAUCGGGGGGAUCACUGAAGGAUCUCAGGGGGAUCACUGGGGUAUAGGUGGGAUCACUGUGGAGGCAUGUAGAGGGGAUCACUGGGGGUUUUGGGAGGGAUCGCUGGAAGUUUCAGGGGGGUCACUGAGGGUCUCAGGGGGAUCACCAGAGGUUUCAGGAAGGAUCACUGAGAGUCUCAGAGGGAUCACUGGAGGUUUCGGGGUUUCACUGAGGGUCUCAGAGGGAUCACUGGAGGUUUCGGGGUUUCACUGAGGGUCUCAGGGGGAUCACUGGAGGUUUCGGGGGAUCACUGAGGGUCUCAGGGGGAUCACUGAAGGUUUUAGGGGAUCACUGAGGGUCUCAGGGAGAUCACUGGAGGUUUUAGGGGGAUCACUGAGGGUCUCAGGGGCAUCACUGGAGGCUUCAGGAGGGAUCAUUGGCGGGGUGCAGGGGGAUCACUGGUGCACAGGCGGGAUCACUGUGGAGGCGUUUAGGGGGGAUCGCCGGGAGUUUCGGCGGGGAUCACUGGAAGUUUCAAGGGGAUCUCUGCGGGCUCAGCGGGAUCACAGUGCGGGGCGCCUCUCCCCGUCCCUCACGGCCGCCCGGCCGGGCUCCAGGCUCCGUGAGGGCCGUGGCGGCGGGCUCUGGCGGCCGUGAGGCGGAGCCAGGCCGGGCCCGCCCCGCUCCGUCACUGCCGGGCCCGCCAUGGCGUCCGGGCCCGCGGGCCGCGCCGCUGAGGAGCCGCCGCCGCCGGAGCCGCCCGCCGAGCAGAAGCCGCCGCCGCUGCCGCCCGCGCAGGAGGAGUUCUCCUUCCUGCCGCUCGUCCACGACAUCAUCAAAUGCAUGGACAAGGACAGCCAGGAUGUUCACCAAGUACUGAAUGAGCUCAAGAACAAGUUCCAGGAGAUGAGGAAGCUGAUCAGCACCAUGCCUGGCAUUGGGGUGAGCCCAGAGCAGCAGCAGCAGCAGCUGCAGAACCUGCGGGAGCAGGUCCGGACCAAAAACGAGCUGCUACAGAAGUACAAGAGCCUCUGCAUGUUUGAAAUCCCCAAGGAGUAGGAAAGACACAGCUCCACUCUCUGGAUCUGAGAUACCUCCUGUCCAGGCUGAACAGGGUGGCAGAAGCUGACAUUUCUUUCUUUAGGUUUUGUGGUUACAGAGCUGCGGCGCUGCGCCUGUGUGGACCAUGGGUGUGUGACACAGGGCCAGGACACCGUGUGCUCUCCUGGGACGAUGGCAGCAGCACGUUCCCUUGAUCAGCUGCAGGACUGUGCACUUACAUAUCCCAUCUCCUCUUUUCUCUCGGGGUGGGGUUCAUUCUUUUUUACUUUCAAACAAGCAGGAGACAUUUUGCUUUCUCCUCACUAGGGGUCAAAGUACCUGCUUGUGAAAAAGGGGGCAUUUCUGCAAUUUUUUUUUUUUUACUUAAAAAUGGCCAAACAUCAAAAGGGAACGUAAGAGGGAAGCAUGAACUGUUUGGCCCUGCUCCUGGAAAGAGUCUCUGGUACACUUUCCAUUCCCUGUGUGUUGGAAUCGGAAUGAUUGCUUUCAGUUACUUCUGUAUUUCUCUUUUUAAACAAUUGGUGGUUGUGUCUGAGAUGAGUCAAAUAAAGAUUUAUAAAUUCCAAA